AUGUUUGAUUGCAACUGGAAGGAUCUGAAGAUUAAUGAGUUGAAUACAUUAGAUGGUCAUUCUGAUUAGGUUUAUUCAAUUUGUUACUCUCCUGAUGGAACUACAUUGGUAUCUGGUAGUGAUAACUCUAUCCUUAUAUGGGAUGUUAAGACAGGAUAAUAAAAAGCCAAAUUAGAUGGUCAUUCAUCAACAGUUAAUUCAAUUUGUCACUCUCCUGAUGGUACUACAUUAACAUCUGGUUGUGGAGAUAAGUCUAUCCGUUUAUGGAAUGUUAAGACAGAAUAAUAAAUUAAUUCUUCACUCAAUGCAGAUGACUAAAAUUUAGGUUGA